GGGCUGCAAGGCAUUUCCUUGCAGCAAUGAAUGUAAAAGCCCUCUUUGUCCUUGUCAUGCUUGCUCUGGUUGCUAUUCUUGCCCUGGUGUGUGUGCUCCUGACAAGGAGCGCAAGUUCUGCUCCAUGUGCUGCUGAGAUACAACCUUCUCUGAAUGAAAUGCACAAUGACCAGAGUCUGGUAUUUGCUGCCUUGUCAGCAGAAGAGAUAGCCCUGGUCCUGAAGUAUCUACAGUCGGAGCUGAGAUUGCCCUUGGUAGAUGCUUAUCAUGCAGGCUCUUCUGAUAAUUGCAUUUACUACCUGGAUAUUGAACUUCCCAGCAAAGAAGAGGUGCUUAAGUUCCUUGAUCAUGGUGGGCCGCAACCACCGCGAGAGGCACUAGCUGUGGUGUUCUUUGGAAACCAGCCAGAUCCAAAUAUCACGGAAUAUGUAGUGGGCCCACUCCCAAAACUGACAUAUCAUCGGGAUGUGACCACACAGAAAUACAGAAGCAAGAUAUCCUAUCAUGGAAGAACUGUGAUGGGCAAUGAAUAUGAACAGAUUCGGAAAUUCAUGGUGGAGAAGAAAUUUCCUGAGGCACCCACUUUCCUGAAUCAGGUAUUUGGACACAAUGGAAGCAACUUUGCAGGCCUUACAUCAGCCCCUCGGGGGUUUCAGUCUGGAGAUCGUGCUACUUGGUUCAGCUUGUUCCAGAAUGUAAAAGGCUACUUCCUACAUCCAGUGGGAAUGGAAGUGCUAGUAAACCACAGCGGUCUGAACAUCACCAACUGGAGUGUGGCAAAGGUAUUCUACAAUGGUCAGUAUUAUAAUGGUAUGGCAGAACUGGAAAGGGAAUUUAUAGAGAAGCGGGUGCUUGUGGCAAAAUUAAAGACUGUCUCACCUGAUGGGGGGUUUUCCUCAAUGUAUCGAAAGGUCCCCACUCUGGGAUGUGGUCCUUUGCACCAUGAGCCUUGUGGGCUACGUUAUAGUGUGAAGAAGAACCAGGUAGUUUCUUCAUCUUGGAGUUUUGCCUUCAGGAUAGAUGUGCAUAGAGGAGUACAUAUCUACAACAUCAAAUUUAAGGAUCAAAGAAUUGUCUAUGAACUCAGUGUGCAGGAUGCCAUGUCUGUCUAUGGCUCCAAUUGCCCCACUCAGAUGUUAACCCGCUAUAUGGAUGCAAGUUUUGGAAUUGGAAGAUUCAUGUAUUCACUGGUCCGGGGAGUUGAUUGCCCUUACUCUGCCACCUAUCUUGAUGCUGUUUAUUUAGUUGAAAACUUAAAACCAGAAGUACAGAAGAACUCCAUUUGUGUGUUUGAGCAGAGUAUAGAUGGGCCCUUUCGGCGCCAUUACUCCAACCUUCAAUCUCUCCACUAUGGGGGGCUAUCUGGCUACGCAAUUGUACUGCGUUCUGUGUCUACUUUGGGCAACUAUGACUACAUCUGGGACUUUGUAUUUCAUCCAAAUGGUGCCAUUGAAAGCAAAGUCCGAGCCACUGGUUACAUAACCUCAUCUUUCCUUUAUGGUGAUGCUCUGAAUUAUGGCAAUAGAGUUGCAGAUUCCACUCUUGGCACAAUCCAUACUCAUUUAAUCAACUACAAAGUGGACUUAGAUGUGGGAGGUGUGAAAAAUUCCUUGGUAGCCAAUGACAUGAAAUUUGACAGAAUAAAGGUCCCUUGGAGCCAAGACCGAGAGAUUGUCCAAAUGAAAAUGGUGAAAAAUGUCUUGGAUACUGAAGACAAAGCUGCCUUCCGUCUUCAUGACAACAUGCCGAGAUAUGUAUAUUUUGAAGCGGAUAGCACAAACAAGUGGGGUCAUAAACGUGGCUAUCGGAUCCAAACAAUCAGUUUUGCUGGGGACCACCUUCCUGAGUCAGAUCCAAUGGAGAGAGCUGUCAGCUGGGGCAGAUACAAGCUGGCUGUUACCAAGCGAAAAGAAGAAGAACCUUUUAGCACCAGUAUCUAUAAUCAGAAUGAUCCAUGGACGCCUUCAGUUGCCUUUGCUGACUUCAUAGACAAUGAGACCAUUGUUGGUGAGGACCUGGUAGCUUGGAUCACCACUGGCUUCCUUCAUAUUCCACAUGCAGAAGACAUCCCCAACACUGUCACGCUUGGGAAUGCUGUUGGCUUCCUUUUGAGACCCUACAACUAUUUUGAUGAAGAUCCUUCCAUCAAUUCUCCUGACAGUGUUUUCUUCACCAGUGAGCAGGACCCCACUUCCUGCGAUGUUAACCACAUUGCAUGCCUGCCCAAAACAGCAGCGUGCUUACCCAACCUUCCACCUUUCACUUAUGAUGGCUUCCAAAAUCUGACAAGGCUCUAAUACAUGCUGGACAUUGGAGGUGGGGAAAUAAUGGGGACAGUUUUGUAUGAAAUCUGUGUGUAACAAGGGCAGAUAGUCCUGAGCUUUUUUCUGUUCAGUAUCUUCAAACCAAAUCUUAAGCCUUACUUGCUUGCAUUGUAUAUGAUUUGGAAAUUAUAUUUGCAAUAUAUUUUUUCUCUGAUCCACACAGAUUGCUCAACUGAAUAUUACCUUCUAUACCAAUCUCCUUUUCUUAAAUGUGCAUGUUUCGCUUCCCCACUAGGGCAUGUCUAUACUAUGGAUUGGCUGAGUUAACAGCCAUUCUCCUUCAGACAAACUCUGCAAGCUGUAAGUUUGUAGGGUGGAUUAACCAUUUCUGGCAAAGAAUCCCCAGUCUCACAAACUACAGUUCCUGAAAUUCUUUGGGAGAAGUCAUGAAAGUUAAACUGGUAUAAACCUGGUAUAUGUUUGGCUUCUUUGGCUUCCUGCUAACAGCCUGGCUAUGCUCUUGAGUCAAGGAUGACAACAGAGCUGGUACUGCUGAAGCAUGUCAGAGAUUUGUAAUGCAGGAUAUAGAAUGUGAAAUCUGUAGUGGUCUACAUCUUCAGGAAGAAAAUAACUUGUUGCAGUCCUUCCAAUAGGGUAUCAUCUGAUAUGGUUUGCCUCAGAGAAGGUGUAAACUGGAAUACAUUGAAUGUCUUAUGCCUUACAUUAAAGCUUCCUCUGCAGCACCA